GCAUCCAUGAUACCCAUAUGGAGCCAGCUUCUAGAAGCCUAUGCAUCGACUGUGGCAUGUCGAUCCACCUCAGCGGAGAAAACCAUUUACAGGACUCGCGAAUUUAAAAACACAUCAACACCAUCUGCUUACACCGAAAAAUGCUGUCUGUCCUUUUCUUUUCUUAUUUGACCAUCGCAUUCUCCCCACUGGUCUACGGGGAGAAUAUUAAUAAGCUCCAGGAUGUCCUCAACCAACUAGUGGGUCACUACUACCAGGAAACACCGGAGGAAGAAUUACUAGGUGCGAUGCGAGCGCCUGUGCAGGACGACAUUAUUAUUCCCUCCACCGUUCUCCGCGACGAAGAACACCUUCCGUAUAAUCCGUUGUGGGGUCAUCAGUACCUGUCCGGUGGUGCGGGCGAAGGUCGACAGUUUCUCUCACCGGAAGGCACCAUCCCCAACAUCCAUCAGGUCAAGACGGAUUCCGUACUGCCCGCGUAUUGUGAUCCACCGAACCCGUGUCCUGAAGGGUACACUUCUGCGGACGGAUGCUUUGAAGAUGUUCCGAACACCGCGGAAUUUUCUCGGGAAUAUCAAAGCCAGCAGAACUGUCCCUGUGAUCCGGAACAUAUGUUCGACUGCUCAGUUAACUCCGGCACAGGAAUGAAUAGCGUCUCGAUCGAUGGAGCUCAUCAGACUGUUCGCGGAAAGAAAUUUCACGAGAAGAAGUCAGGCGACGGAGCGUCUCAUAGUUAUAAUGAACGUCACCCGCGUUCCGUGAGCUUUGCCAACGAACACAUCCAUCCAAAACCCUUCGCCAAGGAGAAUCCCUACCUGCAAGGAAAAGCACUUCCGGUCAUCGCCAAAAAGUCACCGCUUCACCACAAGUUGCCGCGCGACUAACAACUGCUGCCAAGAUUUCGAAAAAUGUGCUUUCGUACAGAGUGCUAAUUAAUUACUUAUACAGAUUAAAGGUCACCGUUUAGAUUGCUGUAUCACCUUAAAGCUUGGAUCGCCCCUGCUUAAUUUCGCACGCUUUUUGUGCACCGUUUUUCAGUUGCGCUAAGAAUAUCGGCACUACGAGUAAUCAAAAUCUGCUCUCGAAUCGGCAAAUAUCUACAAUUAGGCUCUAGCGUUUCUGAAACUCCUAAGACAGCGUAAAUAAAAAUUUUAAAAAUUUAUUUUCUCCUAAAUGGCGGCCGUUGUUACACACGCCAGUAAUAUUAAAUUUUUAUAAUAAUUUAAGUGUAAGUCCGAAUGUUCGAUACGUACAGCCACAGAUAUGCGUGUAGGCAAUGAGCCAGCGGCUGCAGAUUGAUCAUGUACCGGCAAAGCUUGAACUCGUACUGUAGCUGAGAAUAAUCCUGCCAUUUGAUCGUAAGAAAUCGUAAAGCUUGCACACAGAACAAUGCAUUUACAAAUUCUGAGCCAGUUUUCUAUGAACAUGUCACCAGUAAAAUGUAAAAUGUGCAAUUGCUGCUAUAGCCAUUUAUAUUUUGCUACACAAUGCAGUAACGCACACAUCCAGUGCGAAGUAAAUUAGGCUGAUUUGGAGCAGACUGAUCACAAAAAUACAAAUUAAUGCCGAUCAUUCUGUUUUUGUCUUACAUUAAUUUUAUGAACGGGCUUCUGUUGUGUUAUUAUUUUAUUGAAAAAGCAGAUUUGAUGUUUACCCAUCAGGAAAUUUGUUAAAAAAUUCUGUACA